AUGUUCUAUGCGCCCGCUGCUGAGCAUCCCCCCCGCGAAAGUACUCCUGCGCUUUCGGGCGACACUGGCAGCUCCUCUUCACGCGAAAGCUCUCCACCGGCUACACCUGUCUCUGGACUCAGCCGUGCACCAUCUAUCUCUUUUGAUGACAAUUCUAAGCAUACACCCACUGGCGAUGGCACCGACAUCAAGAUCGUCGAACCAGACGCGGACUCCUCGCCACCAGAAGAUAUCACGCGUCCGCUGAAACGGAGACGGUUGGCAGACACAAGGGCUGACGAAGUCCGCGCAGGGAGAGUGCUGCCGCCUGAUACCUCGAACGGCAUGAUCAAGGCCGAUGACGGCGCGUUCUUUAGUAUUGAGCACAUACUCAUCGGCGACUGCACGAGUGUCGGGGACGUCAAGCCAGAUGCGGUGGACCCGUCGCUAGAAUACGUCUUCCGUCCGUUGAAACGGAAGCGAUGCGCGGACACGAGUACUGAUGAUGCUUGCGUAAAGAGGGUGCGGAGGUCUGGUAUCUCGAGCCGCGCAACCAAGGUUGAGGACAGCGCCUCAUUCGAUCUUGGACAUAUGCCCAUCCACGACUGCACGGGGAUCAGAGUUGUCGAACCAGACGAUGUUCACCCAGUCUCCCCCCACAUUGACUUACACGCGCCACUUGCAGCCAUUGCUCGCCCGCCAAAGCGGAAACGGUGUGCAGACACGUCGAUCGAUGAAGUCUCUGUCAAGAGAAGGCGGUUGUCUGACAGUCCGAGCGACGCGUCAAAGCUCAAAGGUGGGGUUCCUUUCGGACCUCACCCUAGAUGCAUGAUCACGGGUUGCGCCUCCGCUCAGGUGGAGGCGUGCUAUAUCCUGCCUCCCGAUAUGCCUCAGCCGUUGGGCGAUCUCCGCACGCCUAAUGACAUGAGUCCCGCCUAUUGUAGCGCGCCCGCAAACAUCAUAUUCCUUCGACGUGACCUCCGCAUACUAUGGGAAACGAAUCGCCUGUUGAUGAUACCCCAUCCCGACCAUCUAGACCACCCCGAUACCCGCCCUGCCUACAAAUACUACGUCGUUGCAGAAGAUGACCACCCUUCAACCUCGUGCAUCCCCGAAGAUUAUACCAUUAUACCUCCAGUCGCGACGGCUUGUAGCUCGUAUUGCUCGCUGGGGUGGCACGACCUGAGUGCGAGUCUGCAUCUGAUGACAAUUCGAGUGGGUCGUGAGUUCAUGAAGCGACCGCCCCACUACGAGCAUCAUCUAUUUCAGGACGCUCUCUCGCAUAUACCCACCAUCACGCCCGUCUACCCAGAUGUGGUCGAGCCGGUCUUUUCCUAUAUCAAACGCGACUCGCCAGUCGAAGGCAUCUCCCGCCUGCCGAAGCGGAAACGGAGCCCGGACAUAGAGACCGAUGAAGUCCCUGCCAAGAGAAUGCGCACGUCCGGCUCUGCGCGCAACACGUCCAAGAUCGAGGACAGUGUUCCUUUCGGACCUCACCCAAGGUGCAUGAUCACUGGCUGCGUGUCUGCUGAGGUGGAGGCUUGUUAUAUCUUACCUCCUGACAUGCCUCAGCUGUUGCCUCACGUACCGCAUGCAGUUCGACGCGAUCUCCGAGAACUUUGGGAGACAAAUCGGUUGUUGAUGAUACCCCAUCCUGAUCAUUUGCAGAAGCUUAAGCAUUCCACUGCCUACAAAUAUUGCAUCAUCGCAGAGGACGAGCACCCUCCAGACUCGUACGCGACCAUGAAUAAUAUCAUCACACCUUCCGUUAUGACGGCUCCUUGCUCAUAUCGGUCGCUCGGAUGCUACGAGCUGAAUGCCAAUCUACAUCUGAUGAUAUUCCGAGCAGGCCAGAAAUUGAGCAAGCGACCACUGCACUAUCAACACGUCUUGCGGGAUCUGCUGCCCCACAAGGAAGUCAAUCACGCAUACAGCAUUAUCGAAUGGCAUGGGACAUGGACGGCCCCCUUGACUUGCGAACUGGUACCUGACAGGCGGUUGUGGGCAACAGGCGAGCUCUCAGCCUGUCCUAAGAAUUAUUAUCGCCCCCCCAGAACGCAGUAUUGUUCUCCCCUGUUGGAUGACGACACUGACCGCUUUCGUCGCCAGUUCCGGCCAAUCCUCUCAGGGAUAAAGAGGAGGUGUUUUGGCGACACCAGUGGGAGCGGCCAGGAUUACAUCGGAGACGCUGAACGGGAAGUCAGCAUUCGUCAGUGGUGUCUGGAAUGCAAUCAAGCUCGAGAUGAGUGGACGAUGGGACCGCCUGUGGAACCUGAGGACGCAGAGAUACUCGCUUAUCGACAAGAGGAAGCUGGCGAUGUGCAGCCUGUUGUACAAAAGCCUUGGUCGGUGGAACGCUAUUUCUCAAGGUACAUUCUGUGCCACAUUUGCAGACGAAUGUUUAACUGA